AGCUUCUGGUGCGGUCCGUCCGCGCGGGGCAGCUGCCGAAGAAGCCGAAGGGGCCCGUGGCGAAGGCGCCCGAGAACCCGAUCGUCGCGAAGGUCACGGGGCUGUUCGGUGCGGGGGCCGCGCAGCCGAAAGGGCAGGUGUACAAGAAGGCGCCGAAGCACUUUUUGGCCGGAAGAGAUAUGGAAAGAGAGACCGAGGACGUGGACGAGCUGUCGCCUACGUCCGCGGCGGCGAAUUCUAAACCUAUCAACUUCGAGGUGCAGAUCCCUGUCCGGAGCCUGAAGACCGCGAAGCAGCUGGGGGUCGCGAGUUGGCGGGUCGACCGCGAGCACGGGGUCUUCGUGAAGCGCUUAGACACGAGUAAGGAGAACCGGUUCGCCCUCGCCGAAGGCAUCCACGUGCACGACCGGUUGAUCCACGCGGGGCGGGACCAGAUUCCCUCCACGGCCUUCUUCCGCCUGCUUCGGGCGCGCGCCGACGGCCACGUGUCGCAGUACCUGUGGCAGCAAGCGGAAACGACGACGUUGAAGAUGCAAUUCGAGAGGCCGGUGGAAACCGUCGCGGCGACCGUCACGCUGGAGGUGUUUCUCCCGGACGGGUACGACCAGCAGACGAUGUUCUCGGUGGACACGAAAACCAAAUGGAAAGGCGGCUUUCCCCUGACCAAUUUGCAGGAGUACGCUUUCGAUCACUUGCACCUCCGUCCUGGGGACCUGCUCCACGGGAUUGUGAAGAAGGACCAGAACCCCACGAGGAUACCGCCCGGAGAGGAAGACGGAUGGUCACACCCUGUUCCCAUUGAUCAGGUAGGGGCAAACGGAUUUUUUUGCUGUUUGAAUACGUGUUGCUCAUGCGUUUUCGUACAACCUGAACCUUACAUCAUUUUCAUUGUGUGUCCGUGUUCCAAGAUAUCUGUUUCUCACUUGAGCCUUGGGAAAAAAAAACUCGCAGGUAGCGGCACGCUUCGACCGCGCCAGCGAAGUAAAGUCCGUGCGAAAAACGAUUGCUUCUUUGACCCCCUUGCGGCUGGUGGUGCAGGCGUUUCAUCGGCGCAAGACCCUGUUUCUGCCGCACGCGGGUCACUUGGAGAAGAUGGGCCUUACGUUAGGCGAAAGUUCCACACGGCUGUUUGUGCUGGCGGUGCAGCCCGGUAGUUUUGCGGCAACGGCGCAUGUGGAGGCCGGGAUGGAGAUUGUGGGCAUGAACGGUCGUGCGCUGGUGCGGUACGCUGAUCUGCACGGUGCUCUUGCGUUGGGACCUGCACGCGAGGGGAUGCAUCAAACGAUGAUCAUAGACGAUCUGUGCGAGCACGAGCAGGAGGCCGAGAGCCGUGAACCAUCAAAAACUACUUGUCGGGAAGAUUAUACGGUAGGAGCUGUUGAGCUGGAAGAUAGAAAAGCAACUGGUCGUUCUAACCAGUUGGAAUUCGCUGCUUUCGAAAAGUUUCCUGUUCUCCGCGAGGGUUCGCACACCAUGAUGGAAGCGGCCAUGCGCGGCGUGACGCAGUUCCAGGGAGCCGCCGGCGACGAAGACGCAACGACGGACGAGGAGCUGCGACAGCGGAAGCAGAAGGCAGAUUUCUACGGGCACGAGUACAUGCCACACCACGUGUCGCCCCGGGGUGAGCAGGGCGCGGCGGAGCAGGAAGAUCGCGCGCGGGAGAAACGCGAGCGUGACCGUAAGCGGGAUUUCUACCACAACGAGCCGCAGCUUGUGCAGCGCGAAAACCAGCGGGCCGCGGACUUGCGGAGUCGCGCGCGCGUACAAGAUUUGCCCGAUACGGACUCCGAGCAGGAGCGGCUGCGAAGGCAAAAGCGGGAUUUCUACGGCGAUCCGCACGCCACGGAAGACACCGCCGCGGAAGCGCGAGAGCGCAGAGAGAAGGCGGACUACUACCGCGUCGGCCCUCCAAAGAUGGCAGCGAAACCGCUGACCGGGGUCCGCGACAUCCAGCUGGGGAAGAACAAACAAGUGUCGUUCGCAGAACAGCUCACUGCAAGCAGCGCCCGGCCGCUGAACGCGAAGCAGUUUGGUUCCGCGGCGAAAUCUCCCGACGGGCCUGCUCCGGUGGUAGUUGCAGAAAAAAAUGGCGGGACCACGAGUGCAGGCAAAGCCGCGAAACCGGCGUUCAAGCCCGCCGGAAGAGCCGCGCCGCCGCCCGUUCGUGGUGCACAGCAGGAACUACAGAAGGCCAGCCCGACCGUGCAGCGGAAGCCACCCCCGAAGCCGCCACCGCGCUACGCAGAGUCCCACAUCGGAGAAGAUGAGCCGCCCGCUGAGGCCACGCCGGGGGCACUCGGGAACUUGGCCGGCCUAGCGUCCGGCAUGGUGCAGCAGUUUGGGAACUUUGUGAAGCAAACCCCGAUGGGGGUCCCCGCGGCGCUGGCGCCCGACGCCCAAGAAGGCGUUUAUGACGAUGAGCAGGCGCACGAGGGUGAAUGGGGCGAGGACGAGGAGUACUGGGACGAGGAAGACGAACCGCCGAAACUGAAUUUCACCCGGCGCAGCGACCAGGCUAAGGCGCUGCAGGCCGAAGAGAUCGACGCGGAGACCGCCGCGCACGAGGAGCUCUCGGAUAUUCAGCUCGAGAAGGUGGCGCCGCAGGUCCCGGAGGCGGAGUUCGAUUACACGAAGUACGGCUACUUUCUGGUCGCACUGGACGUAGACGUGCAGGGGGAGGACCUGGGCUUUGCCAUUGCGCGGAGGCGCAACGCCGUACCAGGAACCCUGGAGUUCGCGUGCCCCCGGGUUCGCACUCUGAACGAACAGGCCUCGUGGGCGUUCGACAACCUCGUGGAGCGGGGAGACUUGGUGUUCUGGAUCGGCCACUACCUCGCGCGACACUUGAGGCAAAAGGAAAUUCGCGAGAUGCUCGCGAACGAGCGGCCCCUGCAAAUCAUCUUCGCGCGGAAGCUCAGCUCGGUAUGGGAAGCCUGACCGUCGAUGGCUGCGGGGAGGUGCGGAUUCGCCUUUCUCACUACGGCACAAGCCGGAAGUGUAGCUUCGGGCCUGAAUUUGAGACUUUGCUUCGACGACUUAACACUACUUACGCAGAUGUACUAUACUACGAAUAAACUACGCAGCUUGCAUUUAUUUUCUCCGCGAUAAAGCGAGCAAU